UGCGCCGCCGCGGAGCGCGCAGCGCGGGCGGACGAUGGAACUCCACAUCCUGGAGCACCGGCUGCAAGUUGCCAGCGUCGCCAAGGAGAGUCUCCCGCUCUUCACCUACGGCCUGGUCAAGCUCGCCUUCCUGUCCUCCAAGACCAGGUGCAAGUUCUUCAGCCUGACGGAGACGCCGGAAGAUUACACCAUCAUCGUGGAUGAGGAGGGCUUCCUAGAGCUGCCCUCCUCGGAGCACCUGAGCGUGGCCGAUGCCACCUGGCUGGCCCUGAACGUGGUGUCCGGCGGCGGCAGCUUCUCUAGCUCCCAGCCCAUCGGCGUGACCAAGAUCGCCAAGUCGGUCAUCGCCCCACUGGCCGAUCAGAACAUCUCGGUGUUUAUGCUGUCCACCUACCAGACGGACUUCAUCCUGGUGCGCGAGCGAGACCUGCCCUUCGUCACCCAUACUUUGUCGUCCGAGUUCACUAUCCUGAGGGUCGUCAAUGGCGAGACAGUGGCGGCCGAGAACCUGGGCAUCACCAACGGCUUCGUGAAGCCCAAGAUGGUCCAGAGGCCGGUCAUCCACCCACUGUCAAGCCCAAGCAACAGGUUCUGUGUGACCAGCCUGGACCCCGACACGCUGCCCACUGUGGCCACCCUCCUCAUGGACGUCAUGUUCUACUCCAAUGGAGUGAAGGACCCCGUGGCGGCCAGCGGUGACGACUGUGGCCACAUCCGCUUCUUCUCCUUCUCCCUCAUCGAGGGCUACGUCUCCCUGGUGAUGGACGUCCAGACACAGCAGAGGUUUCCCGGAAACUUGCUGUUCACCAGCGCGUCCAGGGAGCUGUGGAAGAUGGUGCGCAUCGGAGGGCAGCCGCUGGGAUUCGAUGAAUGCGGCAUCGUGGCCCAGAUCUCCGAGCCCCUGGCCGCGGCCGACAUUCCUGCCUACUACAUCAGUACCUUCAAGUUCGACCACGCGCUGGUUCCAGAAGAGAACAUCAGUGGCGUCAUCAGUGCCCUGCAGGUCAGUCAGGCCGCGAAGCACUAUUCGCACUAGGAGGGCCUCUCCGCGCGCCGAGCCCGGCCCCCACCCCAAGAUUGUUCUCGCAGUAUUUCUCCACGGACUGGAAAAGCGGCCUCCGAGACCCCGAGGCAGGGGCCUCUGGGACACCCCCUGCCUCCCCCCACUGCGGCCCACACCAGGGCCUCUCCCAGGCCCCCCUUCCUGCCUUCCCCGAACCCUCCGGCCCCCCCAACCACGACCCGCCCCUGCUCGCAGCCCCACCCGCAGAAGACGAGCUGGGGGGGCAAGGAGCUGGGACCCCCCUCCGCCUCCUCAUGCCGCCCGGAAAGAAGGAAGCUGAUGGAGACACUGCGGCGCCCUGGGGGGCUGAGCGUGGGAGCCCCCGGAACCCCCCUGAGGCCCCCCUCCACAGCCUUGGGAUCGUCAGCUCAGGGCCGGCUCCCUGGGACACGCGCGCACGCACGGCGGGGCUUGAGUGAGGGAGGCGGCCAGCAAGACUGUGCAGAGGGACCCUGUGCGGCCCCUCUCCCCGCGGGGAGGAAGGAAUCCCAGGAAACCCACCAGCUCCUGUGCUCUCUGCUCCCCCCGGCCCCUCCUCGGGCAGGCACAGCCUCAGUUUCCCCCCAGCAGGGGCGUCCCCAGCAUCCCAGACCUAGACCAGCACAGGGCUCCGCCGCGGUCCUGCCCACUCCCAGGGGACGUGGAAGGUCUCUGCUCCCAGCACCCUUGCCUGCCUGCCCCCACCGCCCGGGGCUGUGGGCACUCAGGACUGGCUUGACCUGGGAGGCAGCUUAACUGAGCCUUAAUAGACGAAGUCGUGCUUUGUUUUAGUUCUUAUUUAAUGUAUUUGCGCCCGGGCUGCUGUUGAAAUCGAGAGAUGAGGCCAAGCUGAGGUCUUCAGCCAGGGGGCCCCCCCGGGAGCUCCGUGUUGCCCUCCUUUGUGCGUGGCAGCUGGGAGCAGGGAUCUGGUGCAGAUCCCACAAUGCCCUGGAGGCAAGUUGGUGGCUCUGACGGGACCUCCCGAGCCAGCCUGGUUGUGUCCAGGCAUCCCGGGGGCCAGCCCAGAGGUGGGCAGCAGGUGGCAGCCCGCGAGGGGCGGGGGCUCUUGUCCAGGAGGACCCGGAGCUUCUGUGUGCGCUGUGUGGGGAGCCUGCGAGGAUCUUGCUGUGUGGGGUGAGCUGGGUUGUGCUCUUCCCGGAAGGUCAGAGGGGAGGAAGUGUUGGCCUGUCCUCGCGAGGGGCUCCCGUGGGCCCCGCUGUCUCCCCUCUUCCCAGCUGGGUGGGACAGCAGGAGGGGCUGUUCUGUAGGUUCCCUGGGACUGCACAGGACCCACCCCACUCUUUAGGAACCCGCCCCCCUUUGACUCUAAGUUAAUUCAUUUUGCACAAAAGCUCCCAAAACAAACCAAAUCUUGUCCGUUGUCUGCUGGUCCCCAGAGGUGGCCGAGUGAGCCCUGGCAGUGGCGGAAGCCCCCUCUCUUGACCUCGGAAGGCCUGGGUUGCCCGUAGCGUGGCUCUCCCAGCCCCAUCCAGCCCUGGGCAGCCCCGGGCCCCGCCCCCUACCCUCCCCCCCCCCCCGUCACGUGUCCCUAGACCUCCUAGGACCUGUCCCUUGUACGCGCCUAUGAAUACCUGUGUUUUAUGUUGAUAGAGCUCUAUACUGUAAAUAGCAUAUAUACUUGAGCAAUAUAUACGUUAAUAUAUACUGUGUGCGCGCGUGGGGGUGGGCCCGGGGCCCCCCGCCCGUGGUCUCUGCCGUGCACGCAGGCACGAUUUUGAGCUGCCGUCUAUUUUUAAUUCAAGUAUAUAGGCAAUACGAUGACUAGAGAAACCCAGAGGGUCCCUGCGACCUGACCAGAGAGAAAACAAAACCAGCAAACCCAGGAGCCAGCAUCCGGGACCCGCCGUGCUCUGGGUCGUGGGUCUCGCACCCCGACUCCCCAGCCAAGGCCUUUGGUCGGAGCGGAGUUGGGGGGAUGGGGGGCAGGGAGACGUUGGUCCGGAGAGAGGAGCGGUUGGAAAUUUUUCCUUCCACACAGAGCAGCCCCCCGCCCCUGCCCUCGGUCAGGGACCCCGCUUCACCUGCUGACCCCAAUGCUGGCCGCUCACUCGGUGUGUGUAGUUUUGGGGUUUUUUUUCUUUUUUUUAAACCUGCAAGCUUAGAAACCUCAGGUUCUCCUCCCAGGUCUCCUGGGGACUGGCCGAGAAAGGCACACGUGACCUUGAUGUUGUGUCUGGGAGGGGGCGUGGCAUGAGAGCACCGUGCUCCGGCCUCCUGGGGGGAGCCAUCGCCCCUGGGGACCCCACUUCUUGGCCACAGUGCACCCCGAGCUCUUCCCAUGCCCUCCUCCUGGUUGUGUGAAAGCUGGCUUCGUCCUCGUCUCCAUGUCCCGUGUGUAGUGUGGUCUCGCUGCGGGCUCUUAGGAGGAAGUCAGGGCGGGGGGUGGUCAGUGGCUGUCCCAGGGGCCGGCUGCCCUUGUCUGAUUCCCAUGCCACCUGCCAUCUCCUGGCUUGUUACGUGAGAGGGUCUCUCCAGCUGCCCCCUCGGAGGACGCCUGGCCCUGCCCCAGCCUCAGAGGGGGCCCGCAAGCCUCCUGGCUCUGGCUGGUGAGGACUGGGGGAGGGGCAGGAAAUGGGACCCCCCCCCCCUAUUGAGUCUGCAGGGGCAGGGCAGGCUGGUGAGCCGGGAGCUGCUCCCUGGGCUGCAGGGGUCUAAACACCACCCUCACCCUCACCUGCUCCAUCCCUGCACGCUGCAGACAGCAUCGACCCCCCUCUCCCCAGUGAUCAAGACCCCUUCCCGCUCAGCCCUAUACACGGGGCUCCCCGAGCUCCCAGGCCUGACCCGGCAAAGGUUCUGGCAUGGCCCCUUCCUCCAGGGAGACCUCCAGAGCCUCCGAAAGGCACAGCCCAUGCUGCUGCCCUCAGUUCAGGGCACAGGGCAGCGCUGGGGGGCCCUGGAGCCUCCCAAACCAGCAGCAUGUGUCACCUCCCUGGCCCACGGCAGCCGGGGACACUUGGUCUGGCGGGGCUUGUUCCCUGUCCCAGCAAGGGUCCCCUCUGCCCGAUGCAUGCUCUUGGGAAAUGAACACCCCCCACCCCCGGAGGAGUCCCUGGGCCACCUUGCUGAGCCUCCAGAUCUGGCCACGGGGGCCAGGAAGGCUUUUCCUGGCUGGCCCCAGCUACGAGGGGCAGGGGGUACAACAGAGCAUGCCAGCCCUGGGGCGGGGGAAGUCGAGACCACCCCCCAAGGGAGACAGGCACUAGGGUCUGGGGUGGCUUGGGGAGCAAAGCCUGGUGAGGGGAACAGGGUCUCCGUCUUGGAAGACCAAGCUUUGGCUUCCAAAGCGGGGAUCCGCCCACAGCUGGCCUGGAGGGAGGUGGGCGGCCGGGGCAAGGGGAGCCCAGCCCUUUUCCUGCCUUUUUUCUUUGACUGUCAAACCAAGACAAGUGGGACUCUCCCUCCAGGCCCCCCUAGGGAGGUGGCCGCCUUGGUGGGGAGGUGGGGCCGAGGGCACCAGGAGGGCCCUCACCCCCACCCUUGCCAGGGGCUGGGACACCCGCAGGGGUCUGUGGCGCUUGUUGUAAGUGGACGGGCGAAUGCAGGAGCCACGGGUGCAGGUGGUCCUUGCUCCCCCGCGAGGGACAGGACACUGUUCUGUGCAUGUUUAGACAAACACGGGUGUGUGUGAGCAUGUGUGUGUGUGUGUGAGAGAGAGCACACGUGUGCUUGUGUGAAGCUUGCACCAGGCUCACUCAGUACAGCGGUGGUGGAGGGGGUGGGGUGGAGUGCGGUGGGUGGAGACCCUAGAGGUGGGGGCAGAGCUGUCCCCAGCAGGGCUGUGGCUCCCCAGCACCAGGCCUGCCUGCCCACGUGCACUGUUCCAGGGCCCCGGGUCCUGAAGAGCAAGGUCACGGGGCGGGGUUGCCACCUCGCCAGCAGAGCCCGGGCCAGCAAAAGGUGCAUACCCCAGGUAGGGGUAGGAUGAAAAGGCCAAGUUCCCCUCUGCUGCCUCGGUUUACCCAUAUUCAGAAACGGGCCACAGAGAGUUGAGCAGGGUUGGCUCCAAAAAAAAACAAAACCAAACCAUCCCGAGCCCUCCUCUUGUUGCUGUAUGCCAAAAUCAUUUCCGUUACCCCUGAGGUGGAGGAGCAGGGAGUGGUCCGUGCACUUGGGGGGGGUAGGGAGGCCUGUGUCCUGCCCCGGAAGUCGUCUUGGGGGGGGAGGUGGGGCACCUCCUGGCCACGCCCUUCCGGCCUUUGCCCCACCUGCCGUGCCCAGGUCACCAGCAACAGAGGAUGCACCCACGGUAGGGGGGCCGGUGGGGGGAGAACUGGCGGGCCGCCCACAGACCCUCUAGACUCAUGUACUGUAUGAUGGAGAGGAAAAAAAAAGUACCUAAUGUUUCCCCCCCCAAAAAAAAAGACAGUAUAUUUUGUACUUUGUAAAGUGUUCAUUAAAAUGAAGACGAAAAAGG